AUGUCACAGUAUACCCCGAUUGAGGCAGACGAAAUUGUUCCGGACAUAGCACCUUCGGACAAUCCAUCAAAUCCCCACUCUUACAAUGCAAAUGCUUCGGCGCUCAAUUCGGCCGGCCCACCACAAAUAUCUGGCUCUAUACCUGCCGCAGAAAAUAUACAAGAAAGAACUUGGAGCCAAAGGCUCCAGGAGUCUCUGCAUCCUAUUGCAUUACUUUUUUUCAUCUUCUUUCGGAUCGCUCCAAUCUUUGUGUACCUUUUCGGGUCUAUCAUUCUUCUGCUUGUGACCAAGAACAGUCGGUUUAUUCUUCACUUUAUUAUUCUUAUUUUACUAGUGUCGGCGGACUUUUGGAACCUCAAGAAUAUUUCAGGUCGUUUACUUGUGGGCUUGAGAUGGUGGAACGAAACUAAUAUGAAGCAAGGCAGCAACGAAUUUGAGAAUGUGUGGGUGUUCGAAUCGGCAGAUCCUAAUCGCUACAUUAACCCAAUCGAUUCUAAGGUAUUUUGGACUCUCUUAUACGUUCAGCCUCUUGCUUGGAUAGUGUUUGCUAUUAUGGCUGUUCUCAAGUUAGAAUUGUUAUACUUAAUAGUUGUGGCAAUCAGCGUGUUUUUAUCACUUACAAACGCCGUGGCUUUCACCAAAUGCGAUAAGUUUGGUAAGGCAAAUGUGAUGGCAAAUGAUAUCUUUUCCAAAGCUACAGGUGGUCUUUUGAACAGAUUCAAUCCAUUUGCAUAA